AUGGACGGAGAAAAUCGCAUCAUUCUCAAUGUUGGCGGCAUUAGAUAUGAGACCUACAAGGCGACACUCAAAAAAAUUCCCGCCACUCGGUUGUCGCGGCUGACCGAGGCGCUGGCGAAUUACGACCCGGUGCUGAAUGAGUACUUUUUCGACCGACAUCCUGGCGUGUUUGCUCAGGUACUUAAUUACUACCGCACCGGCAAGCUUCACUACCCGACCGACGUCUGCGGGCCCCUGUUCGAGGAAGAGCUGGAAUUCUGGGGACUCGACUCGAACCAGGUGGAACCGUGCUGUUGGUCGACCUACAGCGUGCACCGGGACACUCAGAGUACUUUGGCCAUAUUGGACAAACUGGAACUGGAUGACGAGCAGCCGUCGGAGGAGGCGAUUGCACGACUUUUUGGUUUCGAAGAGGCACUGCUCAACGGCGAGCUGACGUGCUGGCAGCGAACGAAGCCCAAGAUUUGGGCCCUGUUCGAUGAACCGUCGAGCUCAACGGGAGCAAAGAUCGUCGCUGGAAUAUCCGUGUUCUUCAUAUGCAUUUCUGUGAUAUCGUUUUGUUUGAAAACACACCCGGGACUUCGUGUUGAAAUUCCGGCCGUCAUGAAUAUGUCCACCAACGGUAGCAGCGGCAGCACUCUUAUGGCGAAUGUCACCAGUUUUGCAGGGUUUCUUUUUACGAAUCCGUUGGAUGGCAAAGGAAGUAGUGGUGCAAAUGGUUCCACCAGGAGCAGUAACAACAGUGAUCAAAUUUUACCUACUGAACUUCCACAACCGACUAUGGCACCACCGAGAACGGCCGAAUUCUCCAAUCGACAGGUUUCGGCCAGCUUUGGGGGUGGUCUGAUGGCGCAACGCUCUGGCCGGCUGAUAUCGUCCGCCUAUCGGAUGCAGUCCGGCAAGGGCUCCAACAUCGUCGAUAACUGGCAGGAGACAUAUGGACAACCGCACGAAGCAUUCUUCUACGUCGAGUUGGUGUGCAACGUGUGGUUUAUCAUUGAGCUGAUGGUUCGACUUGUGGUAACGCCGAACAUAUUCGAGUUCAUCAAAUCUCCGGUGAACAUCAUCGACUUGGCGGCCACCCUCAGCUUCUACACCGACGUCUGCCAGCGGAUGGGUGAGCAGACGGGCUUGCUGGAAGCGUUCUCCAUUGUCCGCAUAUUGCGGCUUUUUAAGCUGACUCGCCACUCGCCGGGAUUGCGAAUCCUGAUACACACCUUCAAAGCAUCGGCCCGCGAGCUGACGCUGCUCGUGUUUUUUCUGGUGCUCGGAAUUGUUGUCUUCGCCAGUUUGGUUUACUACGCCGAAAAACUUCAGGACAAUCCGGAUAAUCAGUUCAAAAGCAUACCGCUGGGCCUCUGGUGGGCCAUCGUCACUAUGACCACCGUUGGGUACGGCGAUAUGGCACCGAAAACCUACGUCGGCAUGUUCGUCGGCGCCCUUUGCGCCCUGGCCGGUGUACUUACCAUCGCCCUGCCCGUUCCGGUCAUCGUGAGCAACUUUUCCAUGUUCUAUUCACACACCCAGGCACGCUCAAAGCUACCGAAGAAGCGCCGGCGAGUGCUACCUGUGGAACAGCCGCGACGCAAACGGGAAACGUGCGCGGCCAACCGGAGGGUGAACGCGAUGAAACACCAGCACGCCCAUCCCACCCAUCCGGCAAUCUUUAAGGACGCUUUCGGGGGAGCGAAAAUCGGACACGUGAAUGGCGUAAACGUGAUAGGUCUCACCUUGCAAGGACCGUCCGUUCCCGGUUUGGCCGUAAUGAAGCCACCCUCCCUUAUGCAGCCAGGUGACUUUAUUAAUGUUCCCCAGCUGAACUCGCUCCAGCCCCGGCAACCGACGACCGGAAAUGUGGAUUUAUUGCUGCCAUUACAGCCGAAACUGCUGGUUCCGCUGGUGGAUCGUCGGGAUGGCAAUCGAAUCCCAAUGGGAACGACCACAGUACCGACUAUAGCGACGACGAUGAUGAUGACCAAUGCAGCAGCAUCCAGUGCAGUGACGACGUCCGCCCUGCAGCAGGAGCAGAUACCACUGGAGCCGAAAGUUACCCUGCAAAAUGAUUCGUACUCAUCGGACGGUGGUCAUGAUUGUCCCAGUGAGGACGAAGUCUAA